CCAGAUAGUGGUGCCACUUUUGGAUUCUUGGGUAUGGGGAUGGGUGGCUGGGAGGCCGGCUGAUUUUAGCCGGUAAUGGACCCAGCAGGUGGGCCUGGAGCUCGGAACUCCCGUAAGGGCUGGCUGAAGACACAGGAGACGGCGCAGACUUUCCUUGCUCCGAUGAAAAAAAGUGACGAAUUGAUAACUAAAAAUCAUAAUCAAGAAGAAAUAAGUAUUCUUCGUUGUUGGAAAUGUAGAAAAUGUAUAGCAAAUUCUGGUUGCUUCAUGAAUUAUCUUGAAAAUCAAGAGAUUAAGGAUAGACAUGAUUCAGCUGAUGCUCCAAGUAUUUGCCAUGUGUGGCACAUGAAUAUAGAAGCCCUUCCAGAAUGGAUAAACUGCCUAAUACAAAAAGCCCAGUGGACAGUUGGAAAACUGAAUUGCCCUUUCUGUGGGGCCCGUUUAGGGGGCUUUAAUUUUGUCAGCACUCCAAAAUGUUCCUGUGGCCAGCUUGCAGCUGUACAUCUUUCCAAGAGCCGGACUGAUUAUCAACCAACAGAGGCAGGCAGACUAAUGAGACCAUCGCUGAAAUACUUGUCACAUCCUAGAGUUCAGUCAGGUUGUGACAAGGAAACUCUGCUGACAGGUGGUGGCUCCAAAAACAGAAAUCACAGGGUUUUAAACAUGGCCCAAAAUAAUAAUGGCCUUGGAAGAUUAACAGAAGCACUCUGCCUGGAGGUGCGACCAACAUAUUUUGAGAUGAAGAAUGAAAAAUUGCUCUUCAAAACAUCAGAUCCAAAAUACCAGCUUUUUGUUCCCCAGCUUAUGUCUGGCAGGUGCACUUCAAGAGCUAUUCAUAGAAAAUCACAUAGUUUGGAUCUGAACAUCAAUGAGAAGCUGACUUUAUUACCCACUUUAUAUGAAAUACGUAGUAAGACUACUGCCUAUCCCAGGCUAAAUGAAACACGGCCUGUUGCCCUUGCAGGCUUGCCUUUACAGUCCAAUAAAAAUAGCUGUUCUUUUCAGAAUCCAUCCAGUUUUGAUCCUGAUAUGCUGCUGCAAAGAUUUUCAGUGACUCCCCGUGAGACCCAGACACAAAGAGGAGGAGAAUUUCAGUGUGGUCUAGAAGCUUCUUCAGUGUAUUCUGAUCACACUAACACUAACAACCUGUCUUUCCUGAUGGACCUGCCCUCAGCCAGCAGGAGCAUGCUGGAGGCCUCAGACCAAGAAGAACACCUUUCCCCUCUGGAUUUCCUGCGCUCAGCCAGUUUUUCACUGGGCACCAUUAAUCAGAGGCUGAAUAAGAGAGAAAGGAGCAAAUUGAGGAAUCUAAGAAGGAAACAACGAAGGCAUGAAAGAUGGCUACAGAAGCAGGGUAAAUUCUCAGGAGUGGGAUUACUGGAUCAUAUGACUUUGAAUAAUGAGAUGAGUACAGAUGAUGACAAUGAAUAUGCAGAAGAAAAGGACAGCUACAUCUGUGCAGUAUGUCUGGAUGUUUACUUCAACCCUUACAUGUGUUACCCUUGCCACCACAUCUUCUGUGAGCCCUGCUUACGAACUCUGGCCAAAGACAAUCCUGCAAGCACUCCCUGCCCAUUAUGUCGGACAAUUAUUUCAAGAGUGUUUUUCCAGACAGAACUGAACAAUGCUACAAAAACAUUUUUUACGAAAGAAUAUUUGAAAAUUAAACAAAGCUUUCAGAAAUCCAGCUCUGCAAAAUGGCCUCUACCAAGCUGCAGAAAAGCUUUCCAUCUUUUUGGAGGUUUCCACAGACGCACAGCUCCAGUUACAAGAAGGCAGUUCCCACAUGGUGCACACAGGAUGGAUUACCUGCACUUUGAGGACGACAGCCGUGGAUGGUGGUUUGAUAUGGAUAUGGUGAUCAUCUAUAUUUAUUCUGUAAACUGGGUCAUUGGAUUCAUUGUUUUCUGCUUUCUUUGCUAUUUUUUCUUUCCGUUUUAGGAAUUGUCAUACCUUACUUCAGUGGAACAAUCAUAAAUGUUGUAAACAAUAAUUGCUGAAACAUUUUAAAAUGUGCUUUGAAGUUUUUAUAAUGUUGCAUUAUAUAAAUUGUUGGUGUUUAUAGAAAGCUUGAAAAUAAUGGAUUUAUUUAUUAAUGUUUUUCAUGUAGCAAACUUCUAUCCAGCACUAAGCAAAAAUGCACUGUUAAUUUCAUAGUUCAUGGUUUUAGGAUUUGAUGGUCUAAUUUUACAAUAUUGCUUAUAUUAUUUUGAUUGUAAAGACUGAGUUUUCCCCCGACUUAAAAAUAGUAAAAAUACAAAAUGAAAUGAUAAUCUGGGUAGAUAGUAUCUUUGUUGACAAGAUAUUUAAUCAAUGACUACUUAUUCUUAGCCAAAUGAUAUGCAUCAAAGAUAAACCAUAUUCUCUGGGAACUAAUCUAACAGGGUAUAUUCCAGUUUGGUUUCCAAUUAGCUCUACUUAUGCCCUCUUCUGUUACCAAAAAAACUGACUGUACUUUGUAUGGACCUAAUAAUAGCUUCAAUAUGAAUUUUUAAUUAUUAUAAGCAACAGAUUAGUAAAUACAAGCAAACUAUGAAAAUAACCCCACCAAUAGAUAGUUUGAAAGCCAUAUUAACACUUCCAAUGUCAGGAUGAAUCACAUAAAGAAGCAAAAAAUAUAACUGACUUUUAGUAAUCUAAAAGAGCAAUGCACGUCCAAAAUGUAAUUAAUUUAGUGAUUUAUUUAGGAGAUUGUCAAAUAUAUUGUAAAUGUGCAAUAAACACUAGCUUUUAAAUUUUUUUAUUGUAAUUGAUUUAAUAUCUUGAAUAAAGAAUUGUUGGAAAUAGACUUAUGGAUUUAUAGAAAAAACUUUUCUUUGUAUUACAGUAAUCUUUAUAAUUAAUUUUUCAUUAUUAUAAGAAAAAAAUCUGAAUUAUUCCACUAUGGGAAGGAUUUGGACAGAUAUCCCAACUUUACAAAUUAAAAAAGUAAAACAAAAGGGCACUCAAGUUUAUUCAUUUAUUCAGGUAGUUUUUGAGAAACCAAGGACAAAAUUUUUUAUUAUGAAUUACUAAUCCAACAUUCCUGUGGUGUGGCAUCAUUUAUCUAAUUGUUAUAUAAGCAUAUUUUAUACAAAUAGAUGAAUCUUCAUGGCACGACAAUACUACCACCAUUCAGAAAAAUAAAAUAAAAAGGGGACAGAUUGGACUUCAUUAGGUAAGUCUAAGAAAAGUCAAAAUUUGGCCAAAUUAUUAAUGACUGUAUUUGAAUAAAAGCACUUGACUGAUGGUAUGUGAUGUUCAAAGAAAUACAGAAAUGUGGAUGAGUGGAACAGAUCUUUAUUCUAUCUUUUAUGCUAAUACUAUUCUUACUAUGUCUAAAACAUCUGUGAAAGAAAAUAAUAUAAAUUAGAAAUCAUCAAGUCUGGAAAGCAGACAACUGAAUACAAUUUAGAAGCACAGAUAAAUCUUUACAAAUGGAUAUUUUUAAAUGGAUUAAAAAAUUACAACAAAAUAUGAACAACAUUUUAAGAACUUUAAAAUAUAUUGCAGUGAUUUCCCAGGCAAACUCCAUAGAGUUUAUUUAAAACCCAUAAUUCAAAUUUCUUCCUGUUUUUCAGUAAAAACAAAAUUUUUUUUCCUAUUUUCUUGAUUACUCACUGGCCUUCAAAUCUUUAUGCUGACUAUACAAAUACAACAAAUGU